GUCACUCGCACCGGGCUCACUUCGGCUGGGACUCCUUGGCGCAUCGGACAACUUUCAGGAGGGAACCCCGCUGCAAGAAUGGAGUUGGCGGAGCUUGUCGGAGUGUCCGCGUUCCUCGCAGUUGUCUCCACUGGAAGCGUUACGGUGGACAUCGGCACCACCUGGGACAACCGUCCCCUGUCCCACGGGCACGCGAGGGUCCAUUUGCACCAGGAGCAGGACAGGGUCAUCCCGGUGACCUUAGAAGCCGAUUUCUUCGACGACCCGGCUCCACCCGCCGGAACCGAGGGCCAGCCGCUGUUCGGUCUCUGGGAGUACGAAGUGGUGGAGCUUUUCAUUCUUGGAGAAUACGAUCGCUAUCUUGAACUGGAGUUCUGUCCGCAUGGGCAGCAUCUUGUCUUGCUCUUGAAGGGCGAAGGCAACGCCAUCAAGCACUCGCUCCCGCUGGAAUUCAACGCGACCGUCGAGGGCGGCCGGUGGCGGGGCGAGGCCCGGGUGCCGGUCUCCUACUUCCCGGCGACUCCCGACAAGCUCAACGCGUACGCCAUCCACGGCUGCGGCGAGAACAGGCAGUACGAGGCUCUCUUCCCGGCGCCCCAGGGGGCCUUCGACAAGCCCGAUUUCCACCGACUGAAGUACUUCGCCCACGUGAACCUCGAACCGCUCUUCAAAUCGGACGUCGGCGACGUAUCGGACAUCUGGAGACAGGCUCUAGAUGCUCCGGACCACUGAGUUCUCCAAAGUUUCUACGCGGCGGGAACCGGCGUACUGCACCUCAUAAAUAAAAAGGACUACUUUUUUUCCCCC